UUCACUGCAAACGCUCUGCUGCUUCAUCUUCAUACCGCGGAGUGUGCAGCGAUGGUUGGGUGUGUUGAUUAGAGAGUGGGGUCCAACUGGCGGAGGCUGAACACCUGCACGUGGCAGAGGACUGCCUUCUUUUCCAUUACUCGACCUCCAGCCUGCAGCAGCUUCACUCCGCCUGUCAAGCGAGAGAAAGCGAACGAUGAGCUCUUCUCUUCCCAAAAGCGAGUCCACUACUUCUCUGCUGAGAUCAUCUGGGCUCAACCGCAGGUCUGCACACCCGAGUAGCGGUCCACACGAUCACCGGAGCCACCACCGUGCUCACCAUCAUCAUCAUACCGGAGCUGGAGGCAGCGUGGAUGCAGGCUGGGCGGAGGACUGUGAGACGAGUGCGCAGAGACCUCUCUGCCAACCAAGACACGCCGACUCUCGAAAUGUAGGUGAUCACCGGAUGCAGACGAGCCACUCUCACCGGCAAGCGAGCCUCCAGGACGAUGGUUACGCUCAGGAGGAUGCGAGACACAGGACGAAUCGGAUUCCGAAAGAGCACAGCAAGUCCUCUAGGUCCAGACACCCUCAUCAUCCCCACGACUCCUCUCGAGGUGAGCUGCCUCAUGCAGGACAGCACCAGCGCGGCUCCCCGCAGGACAGGAGGACCUCUCCAGUUCCAUCUUACCCAAAAGAACCGGACGAUGCUGCUUGCUUCUUCGAGCCCAGGGAGAGAGUGAUCACCGGCUCAUCCUCCAGCCUCAGCUCUGACCCACCUGCGACCAGAGCACCUGUGAAGCCCGCGUCCAGCCGCACAUCCAAGAGACAGAGCGCAACGUCUGAGUAUGACUCUAACCUUCAUCCCAUAGUGAAGUCAGUCUUUGGGCAGGACCGAGAGUUGAGGCCCGAAGAAAUGGAUGAGUUGCGUGAGGCAUUCAAGGAGUUCGACAAAGACAAAGAUGGGUUUAUCGGCUGUAAAGACUUGGGGAACUGCAUGAGAACGAUGGGCUACAUGCCGACAGAGAUGGAGCUGAUAGAACUGAGCCAGCAGAUCAACAUGAAUUUGGGAGGACAUGUUGACUUUGAGGACUUUGUUGAACUCAUGGGGCCCAAACUUCUGGCUGAAACCGCAGACAUGAUUGGGGUGAAGGAGCUGAGGGAUGCGUUCAAGGAGUUUGACACUAAUGGUGACGGCCAGAUCAGCACUGCAGAACUUAGAGAAGCAAUGAAAAAACUUUUAGGACAACAGGUCGGACACAGAGACCUGGAGGACAUCCUGCGAGACAUCGACCUCAACGGAGAUGGGCACGUAGACUUUGAAGAGUUUGUGCGGAUGAUGUCUCGAUGAGUUCCUCACAGAGAGUCGACAUGGAUUCCUUGUCGGUAUGGGAGGAAGAUGAGGGAGACCAGCACAGCGUGCCGAUUGAUCUCAAACUUCUGAACUGUCAAAGACCAAGAAAACAACAACAUAUCAACCCUGCCCUGAAACUGCCAUGCUGAAGCACAAAGGCUGACGACUACAGCCAGAAGCAACACUGUUGAUUAUAUGCUGCUGCUGUUUCUUAGAACAUAAACAAAACCAACAGCUGCAUUUGUGACUUUUACAAAGUAUAUAUAUAUAAAAAAGAAGCAUAUUUUCCUUUAGUAAUAACAACAUUUCUAAUGCUGAUGUGGCUGUGGGUUAAUGGGUAACAGGAUGUUUAGGUUAGAUGCUUAAACACUGUUAAUAACUGUAGCAAUUAAAAAGACAUUUUAAACUACAGCAGAAUGCCAGCAAACAUCCAAACCAAUACAGCACAUUCCUCUCUGAAGCGGGGGACAUCUAAAGCACAAAUAUAAUAUGGCAAUAUUUAAAUAUUUCAUGUGAUCCUGUCAAAGUUGUGUGUUUGUGUUUUGUGCAUACUGUUGUUUCUCUCCAACCUUUACUGUUGGUGUAUUAUGUCCCUUAAGAUUCUCGUCAAACCCCAGUUGAGGAAAGCCAAUAUUUGUUUUGUAAUUAAGUGUAAGGUCGCACUGAUGCAGUUCUUCUGACUUUAAUAACAUUAUGCCUAUCUUACUGUGAUAUAUAUGUCAUUUUCAGUGUGCGUAAGACUUCUUCAACUGCAAACUAUUUUGAAGGAAACUCUUUAGUUACAGUGAGUUGCUAAUCUUGAUAACUACGAUAUGCCUUUUUAAUUACAUGUAUGUUUUGUUAAUUCUGCAUAUUACUCUGCAUGAAUACAGACAGAGUUUGACGGAUCAUCUAUCUCACCAUGGUAGGUGAUCAACAGAGCGUUAAAACUAUAUGUGAACGAUUCUGUUAAUGCUUUAAUUUUUAUCCAUUUUGAUAAAUGCAUAUGUUUAUUGGGGUUUGUGAGUCUAAACAGUCCUGAAGUGAUUUUCACUUUGGUGCAACAUUUACACUUUUAACUUUAAUACCUCAAAAUGAAUUGAACAAUCAACCUCAUCCAUAAACUGCCCCUAGCAUAAGCUCUAAUAUACAUUUAUUUACCCUCUUACUGUCAUUAUCAAUAUUUGUAAAGAAGCAGCAUUCACUUCUUUAUGGAAAAAAGCCAAAGAAAGUUUACAACAAAAAUAUUAUUUGAGUCGUAUUCAGUGUAGUAAGUAUCUGCAGUGUCUUUUAGAAAUAUGAUCUAUUGGAUUAUAUUUUCAAAAUGGUUGCUUGAAAUGCCCUUCCUGGUUCAUGGGGCAGCUAAAUUAUUUGUUGACUGUUAAUAAAUAGACACGGGGUUAUAUGCAUGCAAGUUGAGAUAUUCUUCUAAAGGAAAAUCUUACUUUGUGAUUUUACUUGUCUUAAGUGUGUGAAACUAUGCAUGCAAGAAACAACAGACAUUUGUAGCAGAAUAUAUAGAAAUAAAGGUUUUUAUUGGAACUCGA